AUCAUUUGGUUUUGACACCCUGUUUUUCGGAUUUUACUGCGGGUUUAGGUCAUUUUGAAGCAAAAAUAAUAAUACUGUAUUCUCGGUACUUACUUCUAAGCAAUUUGCUGUGCAGUUACUAUGCGCCUGACAGAAAAAUACAGAAGUUUUCACAACUUCCGCGUAUGUUUUUUUUCAUAUAUAAUUUUCGCCAGAAGUCCUUUAUUAAAAAAAAAAAAAAAACAGGUAAAGAGCAACGCGACCCCAAGUUUUUGUUCUUUUCGAUAUCGGGAUGAUAAACAAAAAGAUAUUUGUCUACAGGUGGCAGUAUGAUAAGAUUACCGCAAAGGAUGAACCUGGACACUAGAACCAAGGACAUGCACGAACUAAAACCUCAUCCUCCCAGCCUCUUCAUAUCUUCGAUAUAUCGUGCUGUUCUUUCUCAGUAUGGAAAAAAGGCCCUGCAAGUCGAAAACAAGAAAACGCCUGAACAUUGGCGUCCUCUUGUCCCCCGCCCUUACGUCAAAUAAACUUAUUUCCCAGGGCCCGACAAACCAUGAUUUGUGGGUUUUGUUUACUGGGCUCACUUAUUAGUUUCACAACCCAGUCUGUUCUUCUUAGUGUUGGUAGACAUAAAGGCAUUACAAUAUGGUGGCUCAGGAAGAUGUUGGUGAAGCUUCUUUAGAGAAUAUAGUUUCUACGUAUCAAGUUACUAAAUCCGAAAAUGAUAAGCGGGAGUACAAAUAUGUGGUUCUUCCAAACAAAAUUAACAUUCUGUUAAUUAGUGAUAUCACAACCGAGAAAUCUGCCGCAUCUGUUGAUGUAAACGUAGGACAUUUCUUGGACCCUGAUGAAGUACCUGGAAUUGCACACUUCUGUGAACAUAUGUUAUUUCUUGGUACACAGAAAUAUCCUGUUGAAAAUGAUUUUUGUCAGUAUUUAUCUCAACAUGGUGGAGCAUCAAAUGCAUACACAUCAGAAGAACAUACCAACUAUCAUUUUGAAGUAAAAUCAGAAGCAUUUCAAGGGGCAAUCGACAGAUUUGCACAAUUUUUCUUGUGCCCUCUCUUUGAUGCUGACUCCACAGACCGCGAGUUAAAUGCCAUUGACUCAGAGCACCAGAAAAAUAUUCUGAAUGAUGGUCGGAGGAUCAAUUUUAUUGAAAAGCAGACUUCAAAAGAAGGUCAUGUAUACCAAAAAUUUGGAACAGGAAAUCUUGAAACCCUAAAAACAAUACCAACUAAGAAGAACAUCGAUAUUCGUGAGCUGCUUUUGCGUUUUCAUGAUGAAUACUACUCUGCUGAUAUCAUGUCGGUUGCUGUGUUAAGUAGAGAAACGAUCAAUGAAUUGGAGAAAAUUGUUGUCCCAUUAUUUGCUAAUGUCAUUAACAAAAAAGUCACUGUCCCUGUGUACAAGGACCAUCCCUAUGGUGAAGAUCAACUUGGGAUGCAAAUAAAAAUUGCUUGCGUAAAAGAGAUGAAAAUGUUAAAAUUGAUGUUCCCAAUCCCUGAUUAUAAAAAUUACUACAAACAGAAGCCUACUCAUUAUGUUUCACAUUUAAUUGGUCAUGAAGGAGAAGGAAGCUUGUUAUCUUUACUAAAGAAAAAGUCUUGGGUGAAUGAGCUUUGGGCAGGAUCUGGAGGUGGUGCAAAGGGAUAUGAGUUCUUUACAAUUGGAAUGGAACUUAGUGAAGAUGGACUGGAUAAGAUUAACGAAAUUAUAACAAUCAUUUUUCAAUACAUACAUUUACUGAAAAAAGAAGGUUCGCAAGAUUGGGUAUUUCAAGAGUUAAAGAUGUUAGAUGAAAUAGCCUUUCGGUUUAAAGAUAAAGAAAUGCCUCGUUCUUACGUCACUACACUGGCAAAGCACAUGCAUAGAUAUGCAGCAGAAGAUAUUUUAUACGGGCCAUUUAUGUUAAAUCAACUUAACCAUGAUCUUGUCAAGCAAGUUUUGGACCAAUUACACCCUUAUAAUUUUCGAUAUAUUGUAGCUGCACAAAGUUUUAAAGGUACUCUGGAGAAAACAGUGCAAUAUUAUGAUGCGGAGUAUGCAUGCAUGAAAAUUCCGACAGAAGACAUUGAGCAAUGGGUGAAUAUUAGUCUACAUCCAGACCUCCAGAUGCCAAAGAAAAAUCCUUUCAUCCCAGAGUGUUUGGAUGUAAAAAUACCUGUGUGUCAGAACGAGGUCAAAGCUGUUCCUGAAAUUAUCAAGGAUGGUAGCAUGAUGCGCGUUUGGUACAAAGCUGAUGAUACUUUUUAUUUACCAAAAGCAUGCAUUAACAUGGCUAUAAACAGUCCAAUGGUAUACGCAAGUCCGCUGACCAUUACACAGGUAGCUUUAUUUGUAUCGUUGGUUAAAGAUGAGUUGAAUGAAUACGCUUAUGACGCAGAAUUAGCUGGAAUUGAUUAUUCCGUACAAGCUACUAAUGCUGGAAUUAUGAUUAAAUUAGGCGGUUACAAUAGCAAACAGGUGGUUUUGUUAAAAGUUCUUCUUCAAAAAUUAACUACACUGUCUAUAAAAGAGGAAAGAUUUAUUAUCGCAAAACAAAAGAUGGAGGAGACGCUACGCAAUUUCGAAGCUAAUCAACCUUACCAACAAAUAGGGCAGUACAACAAUUAUCUCACAAAGGAACCGAUAUGGAGUCAUCAAGAACAGCUAGAUGUUAUAUCAGAUGUCACGAUUGAUUCUUUAAAGCAGUAUAUUCCGCAGUUGUUAAGAAAUAUUUAUGUGGAAUGUCUUAUCACUGGAAACGUUUUGUUAAGCGAGGCAAAUGAAAUAGCAGGAUGUAUCGAGAAAAUUAUAGUCACGAGUAUCAAUGCUCGACCCAUGCUUCCUAUACAACAUCUACCAUCGAGAGAAUAUCAACUCCCAGACGGUUGCUCUUAUUUAUUUGAAAAAAGGAACAAAAUUCACGAUAUGUCGUGUAUUCAAGUUUAUAUGCAGGUUGGGUUACAAGACGCUCAUAGCAACGUUCUUUUAGAACUGUUUGCUCAAAUUCUCAGUGAGCCUUGUUUUGACACUUUAAGAACAAAAGAACAGUUAGGUUACCUCGUUUUCAGCGGUCUUGGCAGAUCCGUGUCUGUUCAGGGUUUAAAAGUUUUAAUUCAAUCAGAUAAAUCACCAACCAAUGUUGAAGGGCGAAUCGAUUCCUUCCUCAAAGCCUUUGAAGAGACAUUAUGUGGAUUGUCAGAAGAGCAGUUUAAAGAUUACGUCGAAUCACUUGCAGUGAAGAAAUUAGAAAAACCGAAGAGGCUGCAACAAGAAAACAGUAGAUACUGGUCAGAGAUUUUGUGUAAACAAUAUCACUUUCGUAGAAAUGUGAGCGAAGUAGAAGAACUGCGAAAACUCACAAAGAAUGACGUCACAGAGUUCUACAAACAAUUUAUUUCACCUGAGUCAACAUCAAGAAAGAAGCUAGCUGUCGUCAUACUUGGUAAAGAUGCAAAAAGUUUAAUGGAAGAUGAUGUGCCAGAAAAGAAAACUUGGGAUGUUAUCGACGAUGUAUUAAAAUUGAAAAGCAGCUUACCGUUGUAUCCAUUCGUCUUGCCGUACAACGACAUUCCUCUUCUGGCGACAAAAUCAAAAUUGUGAAGUCACUCGUUUUACUCGACUUAACUCGUUUUACUCGAAUUUUAAAGUAAAUCCCUAUCUGAGCACGUUUAUAGAGCUUGUCAGGUAUUAUAUCGCAAUUUUAUGAUGCAGCACCUGUAGGCUAUCAACGGAACCCGAUUGGUGGCUCACACAACACGCUGCGCCAUCUUGGAGAAUAGUACCACAGGCAUGUGCGUGGCAACACAACCUGUACUUAACUGGUGCAGUAUGAAACUAAAGCGCCUAUAAAUCUAUAACAUUGUUGUUUGGUUUUAUUUAUUUUGCAUAGUAAAUUAUUAUUUUAAUUUUUACAGCACACUGCAUCAUUUUAUAUCAUUCUCUAGGCAAUAUACUUUCAGAAAUAAAGUUGUUUGAGAUGAACAUGCAUAUUUUAAACCCUUAAACCAACAUUUGUUUAGCUUACCCGAUUCUGUUUUAAAAUUUUAUAUACUUAUAAAAAUACUUGUUCUGUAAGCGAGAGGUUUAGUGAUUGAAUGAUUUGAUUAUCUUCUACUCGUUGUGAUUUUAACGGAGAAGUUUCUAGAAUAUUUUUUUUACAAUUUUACACUGCACAGUAUAAUCAGUGUUUUGUUAAAAUAAAAAGAAAUUAAAAUGUA